AUGUGGGAAAUUUACUAUAAUGCCGGCGCAUUUGAAAGCCCAUGUGCCUUCAUGAUCCGUUUGCAUGAUAAUGGUGACAAUGGUGAUCAUGAUGACGAUGAUGACGAUGAAUGA